AUGGCGGAAAUUCCACAUUCUAUAUUGGAAGUUGCUUUCCUGGCAAUCAGUGCCAUUAGUCAACAAGGACCCGAAAAGGAACCCAUUGGUAUGCAUGGGAAAACAGUGACGUGGUUUCUGUUUCUUGCGUUUAUGUUUCUCUAUGCAGCGUAUUCAGCAAGUAUUUUUGCUUUAUUGCAAGCAACAAGUUCCGAAAUCCAGAGUAUUGAAGAUUUAUUGAAGAGUCCUUUGCAUGUUGGCUUCCAUGACAGCAGUUUCAUGCGACGAAUUAUUCCUAAUAUAAUUGGCGAUGAGAGACUACAAAUUCUCGAAAAAUCAGGCAUUAAUAAGAUGAACAAUUUUGACUUUUCGAAAUUUAUCUCAAGAAAUGACGGAAUAAAAAGAGUACAAACAGAAUUGUUUGCUUUUCAUAUUGAAACACACAUAGGAUACACCUUAAUAGAAGAAACAUUUGAAGAAGUAGAAAAAUGUAACCUAGAAGAAAUCCAAUUUCUACAGUUUCCAACCGAUUUGUACUUUGCAAUCAAAAAGAAAUCGCCGUUAUUUGAAAUGUUUAAAAUUGGUUUCCUGAUUUUAAGAGAACGUGGCAUUCAUCAUCGUGAAUCUACCUUGCUGCACACCCCUAAACCUAGAUGCUGGACAUUAGACCGCAACUUUGACAGUGUUGGAAUCCUCGACUGUUAUUUUGCCCUAACACUAUUUGCAGGCGGUGUAAUAUUAUCACUUAUAAUACUUUUAAUUGAAUUAGUUAUGGCUAAAAUUAAACUGUAAGUUUGGUUAUGUUAUUAA